AUGAUUGGGAGGAGCCUCAAGAACAACCCGUGGCUCUGGCUGAGGCGGGCGGAUGCGUUUAUUGCUGCCCAUCCCGUCAGCAGCAGCAGCAGCAGCAGCAGCAGCCGCAGCAAGUGCAGCAAUAGCAGCAGCAACUGCAGCAGCAGCAGCAGCAGCAAGGGGAACAGCACCGUUGCGACGAGCCGCUAUGAAGCCCUCAUGGCGUACAUGGAAUAUGCGGACCACCAGAUGCUGCUGCUGCAGCAGCAGCAACAGCAGCAGCAGCAGCAGCAGCAGCAGCAGCGGAAGCAAGAAGCCCGUCUUGCUGCGCUGCGCAACGCGCUGCUGCAGCCGCUGCUAAAUCUCUUUUCAGGUGUCUAUGGCUCGAGCCACUAUAAGCAUGAGCUGCAGCAGCAGCAGCAGCAGCAGCAGCAAAUCAGCAGCAUCGUACUGCGGGCUAUGAAGCAUCUGCCGCAAGCGGCGUUGCAUGAGGCCAAAGAAACCUAA